CUGUGGUUGAGCAGCACGCCGUCAUCCUACGGAGCUGCUCCUUGGUACGAAUAUUGUUUCAAUGGUCACGGCUGACACCCCGGCGCAAGGGACUUCCAAACCUCUAAUUUCACGUCUGUAGUGGCUUUUCUACAGUAAUAACGGUGUUUGUUUCUAUUUUGUUUUGGAUUGUACUCUAUAUUUUGAGUUGGUGAUAACAUUUGGAUUGGGCAACUGCGUUACUGUGCGCCUAUGGAUAUAGCAGUCGCUUUCAACAUCAGAACUCUCAGACCAUCCAGGUUAUGCCCUUUUCUUUGGACGUGAAAUCAGUGGGAGUCAUCAAACCACUGAACCCCAUAAUUUGCUCUCUGUGUUGUUCCUACUGCACGUAGCAUAUAUAUUUAUUCGUUCGUUUAUAUUCUUACUGCAAUUCUACCAUGGAAGAGGACAACGUGUUAUCCGAUUUUAAGGAUAUUGAGAAAAAGUUGGGUCGCAAAGUUCCUGAAAGUCUCAUUCGUUCCCUGGCGGGAGGAAAUCACCAUCACGACAAACAUGAGGAUAGAAAACCGGCGACACCGAAGAACCGGUCGAACUCUGCUGACUUAAAACGACUGGAGAACAAGAUGUUAUUUUUGAAACAGGAAAUGGUAGGCUAACUGGUUACCUUAAAGAACUAUGUCCGUCUGUCCCUGUCGGGUCAGUGAGUUGCUUCAUGCAGUAAUGCUAUAAUACAGUUUUUGAAUACCGAAGCAAACAUCCAAAUCGGCAAUUCGGACCCCGGCUUUUUCAAGUCAGUUCACUGCUCCUUCAAAACCAUUCUGUAUAUUCAUUUGCUGCAUUGCAUUAAGUGCAAUUUACCCAAUCUACACAAGAUAACAAAAAGUAUUUUAGCUGCAGUAGUCUAGUUGUUGCUGCUGUUUGCUUUAUUGGACGUUAGUUCACUGACCUGUGAUAUCAUAAUUCAACAUGUUAUGCAGUAACUUCCAGAAACCUGAUGGCAAUCCACCUUUAUUGCCAUUGUGUUCAUAGGUUAUACUUUUGGCUUCUCAGAAGUUUAUGGUUGACUUAUAAUGCAGCCUGGUCGCAAGGCAUUGGAAAUACGUAUAUAAUAGUGAGUGACAUGUCUCUUUUAUGUUAGUGCAGUAGGACAUUGACUUGCACUGUAACUCUAUCAUCAGAAAUAGAAGUAGGAUAUACACUAUAUGCUACAGUCAUUUGACGCAUAACAAGACAAUAGGAGUCGGUGUCACACUCCCAGAACUAUCAACAUUGGCCUACCUCUUAAAUAACCAAAUGUAUUGAGUAUUGCGCUAUAAAUCUAUUGAUUUAGUGAUGUUUCUCACCCUCUCUCAGCAACAGGUGUGAUGCCACCCAGUUGGUGAAAGCCAUUCACACUUGCUCUCUACACACAACAACAAUGCAUAGUCCAGUAUCAGGCAGGCAGACAAUUCUCACCUCAAUUAACUCUCACUUACACAAAUUCCAAACUCAACAAAAAUACAGGAGGAUAGCCUGGAAUCCAAAUUGAUUCACUUGGAUUCCAGGCUACCAAUAGCCUUGUCUUUGACCCACCGUAUUGAGGAGACCCCCACCCCUUAAGGCUUAAGGUCAGUUGUGGCAUUAGGACCGUUGAACAGAUGGUCAAAUUGACCGAGUUUGUACAGAAGGGGACUGCGUCGUUGCCUGGUUGACCAACUAAAAAAAAUACCCCUCUCAUGUGAGUUUCCAUGUUGAGGUCAUUGAAAGGGUGAUUCAUAAUACCAUCAUGAUGACAGGCCUAGUAAACUAUAAUAAUAGAGAAGAUAUCCACCCAAGAGUCCAUUUUGCCGGACACAAAGGCAUAUCGUGAUGGAGGAAAGCUAGUCUUUGGGUUCUGACUGGACAGUCAAAAAUGAUAUUGAUGACAACACUGAAAUGCAUCCACCAAGCUCUUGGGAGUAAAGCAGAAAAAUACCAGUUUUAUUCCAUUCAGUUUAAUUAAAUGUAAGACAAGUGUAGACUGCUGUGCUCCCUACUAUAGUGAAUGGCACAUUUGGGCCAUCUAAGGCUUUUGUGCUGCUGUCACUUCUUCAAUCCAAUUAGGCUGCUUUUCUCUUGGCCAUUUGGCUAACCGGCUGGUUCACUUUACAAUAUACAUAGAGGUAUUAACAGUUGGUCAAAUCUGUAUAGGAUUGACCUGUAUUGCCUAUAACUCCCAUUUUAGACAAAUGCCCAGAAUAAUGUAACUUGUUUUAAACAAGAGUUAAAAACUUUAAUCGUAAGUAAGUAUUGUUGGAUGCUAAAUCAAUUAAGUUCAAUAUCAAUGACUAACAAACUAAAACGAAAGCAGCAGUAAAUCACAUUAGCUAUACCGAUCUUGUGAUUCACCACCCCAUUCAAGCCAACUUUAAUUGACACUGCUAAUGCUACUGUAAAAUUCCACUAUGCUCUGGCUCGACGUCUGUGCACACAUAAAGGACAGGUUAUAUCCGUAAAGCAAACACUGGCAGCAUUAUGACUUAAACGGGGCCUGUCGCGAUCCACUCCCAAGAAAGUGCUCUGUUUUAUAGCCAGCCAGCUGUCCGGAACAUUCUAUGAGCCUUGUCAACCACCAUCUGGCAUAAUGCUUUUUGACUGGCUAGAGACUGCUGCCACUGACUGUCCAUUGGCGUAAAUGGCUGUCUAUUUGUCGCUAGUAGCCAGGGGGAAUCUUUCUGAAUGAGACCAUAGGCUACCCUCUAUUGGGGUUGUCAUGGUGAAGUGAUAAAUCAAUGGUGGUACUGUAUGGGUAUCAGGGUGAGAAUGUCCUGCUAUGCCCUCACAGGCCAUGCUGUUACAUGCCAAGGAUGGAAUGACUUCCUGUGGCAUGCUGUUUUUGUUUUACCUUGGUCUUUGUCCAGGAUAGUUUUUUUCCAGCUUUACUUUGCCAACUCAAAAUACAUGCUGGUGAUGUUCUUCUCACAAUAAUGGAAUAGGACAGCAAUGUAUUUAGAAAACAAACAACAUUUUAGGCCUAAUUGUUGGAAGUGUGUUGUGUGUAAAAAAAAAAAAAAAUCUAUAAUAACAAAGUCCUAAAAUGAAUCUCCUUCUAACCCAAAACGCAGGCCCACCUCCGUGCCAUCGAUGUCAAGCUGAUGCAGCAGCUUAUGUCAAUCAACGAGGGCAUCGAAUCCAUCAAAUGGGUGAUGGAGGACAAGGGGGGCAUAGCCAGUCGUGAAAGCAGCCUGACGGGCAGCCUGUACAGCUUAACGGACAGCGAGGAUGACACCUCUUCACGCGGCAGCAUCACCAGUCUGCAUGAUGGAAACAGUGAUGGACUGGACGGGAUAUCCGUGGGCAGUUAUCUGGAUACGUUGGAUGAGUUAGCCGAGGACCUUCCAGACCACCCUUCUCCAACGGACCUUGAUCCUUUCUCAGAUAAACCAAUUAUAGAGGACAAGACUUUCAGCAAGCCACCAAUGCGACUCAAAGUGGAUUCCGAUGAGUACUAUUGCUUUGGAUAGCGAUGCGUGGCUAUGGGGCUAAUACCAACGCAGGCAAAGACCACAGGGUUAUUUUACCUAGCAUUGUCAAUGAGUUGGCAUGGUAAUAGUUCAUUAGAAAUGUUUCAUAAGUUGUCUAGUUCAUUGUGUUCGCUGUGUGAAAUAUAGCGCAUGGAUGUUUCCCUUGAUGAUCUGUGUUAUUUUCCUGCUGCUAAGUGUUCUACAGUGAUGUCACAGUGACAUUUAAGUGGGUUUACAAGGGGCAAAUACUCAGUUGUGCUAUUUUGUAUCUUAAAACCAAAUUCCUUUUUGUCUUUGAUGCAUUUACAACUCACUAAACCCAAAAAGUAAUGCUAAGUAGUGCACUCUCAUCCUCAUCAUCUUUGGUGUUGCGUUCGAGUGCUCUCACCAAGACCCUCCCCUUGAAUCCUCCAGGAGCGUUGAGGCGACACUUUGAGUGGGAAUCUAACUUACAAAUGUAACCUUUAAGAAGUAUUUUGUUGUUUGUUUUGAUGUUUAAACGACACGACUGAAUUGGCAAAAAUGUGAUGUGUUUUUCACAAAAUGUUCAUUCAGUGCACUCUGACUGUACUCCUAAGAGUCUGAUACCUCAGUGUCUUGUUUUCUUUUUCACUUAGAUACCAUGUCUUUGGUUAGCCGUUCAUCCAUCUGAACUAAGUUAAUGUAGUAGAUAAGGAAUUUGUGGUAAUUUGGAGCAUUAGGGGUUCCAUGCGGAGACAUCGGCUGGACUGGUUUAAUGGGGCAGAAAUACUGUUUUCCCUCAUCUAGAGGUUGUAUCAUUCAAGUGCAAUUUGCGAACAUGCCAAAUCACUGUAUUUUAGCUCAUCUACUAAAUAUGAAAGCUAUCAAAAUAAAACAUUGAUUUUGACUGUUAUAUGCUUACAUAUUAAACAUUGGACAGGUACAUUUGUUCUUGCUUGCUUUUUUAUUUAGACAAACGGCAGUCAAAUCGCCAUGCCGACAGGGUUAUUAUUUUACUAUUUUUGCUUUGUUUUACCACAAGAGAUUAAUUGCAAACCAGUUACAAAGCGGAAAUAUUUAAGUUCACAACACUCGGUUAAUUGAAUUACUAGAUAGUAUUUGUUGUUCACGGUUUAUAACUUAAUGUUGAACUAGUCAACUAGUUAAUGACUGGUAACUGACAAAAGUCAAGUACAAAAGUAAUGCCAUUUAUUUCUGUUCAAUGGUGAUUUAGCUUUAAAUUCCACUUUCUGUGUUGAUUCACAUUAGUGUUGUUUCAUGCAGCCUACUUUUUAAUAUUGUAAUUUAUUGUUUUUAUUGGUGUUGUUGAAAGGUUUGUUGGGGAAAAUAAAUAAUAUAUUGUGAUA